AUGGGAGACACGCCCAUACCCGACGAUGAUCAUGGCGCCGACCUCCCGAUGAACAUGACCGCGUCGGUCAUGCUGACGGGGCUGCCCCGCGAUGCUCAUCGGGCCCUGGCCGAUGUGGAAGCUAUCGAUGCUGGCAAAGGUAGGACCUCUUCCCACUUACCGUCCGCUUCCAACCUCUCCCGUCGGCCCCGAUUCUCAAGAACCGGGUCUUCAAAAUCAGCGCAUCGCAAAAAUUUUGAAACCGUAGUCAAAUUUUUACGAAAGAAGCUGGACUGCAAGGACACCGACUCCGUUUUCUGCUAUGUGAAUAGCGUAUUUGCGCCCGGCCUUGAUGAAGGCGUCGGUGGGCUCUGGCGG